CUUCCGAAAAGAAUAGUACACCACGGCCGCCUGGGUCCUCCAGCACUCACGCCGCCUGCCCACCUCCGCCUUCCCCCUUCCUGGAGAACUCCGACUCAAAGCAGCAGCUAGCCUUGUCUGCUCUCAGUCCGCGCGCGGCCACGGCGAAGAAGACCAGAGCAGAGCUGCACCGGGGCCUUCUCCUCUGAUUCUGAGCAAGGAUGGAGAAGGAAAGUGAUGAGGCGAGUGGAGUGGCCUCGGAGGCGGCCGGCGUCCAGGAAGAUCUGCCGGCGGCGACCUCCACAGAAUCUUCUCUGAGCAAGGUGGACCAUGAAUGGGGCAAUGCGGCUACGACCGAAGAAUCCAUAGAGAAGUGGACGGCGGCCGACGUCUUCCGUCCAGACGAGCUGGUCGAAUGGCGAGCGCCCGCCAAAGAUGAGGCUCCCUUGCCGUCCCUCAUGGAGGACAAGUUUGUCAUCUUGUCCCUAACGCACAUAAUGUGCGGCCUCAGGAUGGAUGCGAGCGAUUUCCUGCUCAGCGUGCUCGGACACUACGGCAUCGAGUGGUUUCACCUGACCCCCAACUCGAUUACCGCGCUGAGCAUCUUCGCCCACCUGUGUGAGGCCUACUUGGGUGAGCCACCGACGGUGGAGGUAUUCGCACACUUCUACAGGCUCUAUCACAAUAACAAAGGAGAAACAACUACACUCGGGGCUGUCUACUUUCGAUUGAGGGACAAGCUGAAGAAGAACUAUCCGGUGUACUACUUGAAGGCCUCACAGUUUGUGUGGACUUGUCUGUGGUUCUAUGCAAAGAUACCGCAGAGCUGCAGAUUGACCUUCAGGGGUGAUGCACUCAAGGAGACCAACAAUUGGAGCGAUGUGUUGCAUUUGUCCCCUGAACAGCAGGACCAGGUUCGCCGAAUUGGGGAGCUGAGCAACCAAGGCUUGACUGGUGUAGACAUCAUCAAUGACUUCCUUAAGCACCGGAUUAGCCCUUUGCGCCGAAGGGCUCAUUUGGCAUGCAACUACACUGGUCCAACAGAUCCCACCAGGGAUUCGGAUGAAGAUCUUUCUGAGGAAGACAUUGAGAGCAAGCUAAGCUACCUUCUAGAUCUUAAGAAGACAGGGCAGAAGGAGCCCCCAAGGAAACCUAAUGUUCCAAUCAGCCUGGUUGGAGCAUCAGCCGAUGAGCGAGGCAAUCAACAUCUCGACUUGCAGCGUGUCUUGUCGACUCUCAAAGUUAAGAAGAAAGCAGUUGAGGAGUUGACAGCUCCAGGAACGAUUAGGGAAUCUCCAUUGUUUAAACCUCUUCCCCCAGACUCCCCACGAAGAUACACAAGGCAAUCUGCUGUUCAUAGGGUAAUUGUAGGAUCUCCACCUCCUGAAGAUGAGGAGAUUCUAGAAGCUAGAACAACUAUGACAACUGCAUCUUCUUCAAACCGGGGCAUCGAGCAGAAGUCAAUAGAGAAACCUGCUGAGAUUGGAAGGGGGAAAAGAGUAGUGUUGAUGAAGUCUAUUUCCUCAAUUAUUGGUGGUAAAAGAAAGGUUUUUGCUUCCCGUUCUGGUUAUCAGAGAAAAGCAAAGCGCACAUUUAUUUCCGUUAAUGGAAGGACCAGGAUGUCAUCUUUGGACACUGGUCGUAUAAAAGGGACUUCCUUGGAAAAAGAGGCAGGAGUGGCCCUGCAUCCACAAUCACCAAGAUCGGCUCGACCCGCACCUUCAUCUUCGGUGGAAAAGGGAGAGAAGAGUGCACUGAUCAUACUCGCUAAUGUGGUCGACCAGAAUAAGGUGGCUGAGGAGUCUGUGUCGAAUGUACUCCUUGACCAGCAUGUUAGGAAUUCUCCUCCCAAAGAGUUCGAUCCUGCACAGUCUAUUGCUGAGAGAGUUCAAUACCAGGAAGCCAUUGAGGAAUCAGCUCUCACUCCGGUGCCUAAUUCAGGGGAAAUAAACAAUGAUGCGAUAUUUGAGAGGAUGCAGAAAAUUAAGAGGGAAUAUGCAUCUUUGAGCGAGCAGGCCUUGUCUGAGCUUUUCAAACAAGCAGAGAAGCUUUUUAUGGAGAACAAGCGUCUGGAGGAUGAGCACAUAAUGCUGGAACAACAAGUGAAAGGCCUCGAAGAAAACAAAAGGCUAUUAACAGACAUGAUGAGGAAAUCUGGGCAGGAGGCAUUAAAAAGAAUAGAAGAAAAUAAAAAGCUGAAAGAUGAGAUUAGAGGCCAGAAGAAGACGAUCGAGGAGCUGAGUGAGCAGAAUGAGACAAUCCAAGGGUCCUUGGUGGAAAAAUGCAUAGAGGUGAACCGCCUCAAAGAAGAGGCUGCAGUGCUCGUAAAAGACAAGGAAGAGCUGCAAUCACGUGUGUCACAUGUCAAUGAAAUUCUCAACACCGUGAGGAGUGCUUUAUACGAUAGAAGUUUUGAUGACAAGUGGAAAUGAUUGACAGAAGGAAUGUGAUUGGAACUGAAUGUAGACUAUUGAGUAUUGACGCGUAGAACUUCAGAAAUGAUUGGCAGAAGAAAUGUGCAUCUAGCCCUGGACUAAAGGAUUGAACGUCUGGAGGUAGACAAGGUUGGACUCUUGAAAAGUUGGACUCAUAUGUGUUAAUAGCGUCAGGACUCCUAUUGUCAAGUGUAUUGGUGAUUCGUGCUAGAUCUGUAAUUUCUGGUAGUAACAUCUCUUAGUAUGAAUGUCUAGUUCUGUAAUUCCUGGUGAUAAUGGGUAACAGUCUUUGUACAAAUGUCCCAUUUCUGAAAUUUUGAAAAGAUUCCUUAUUCCUGAGAA